AAGGCACAAUUUUCAAAACAUGAGAAGAUACAGUGGUCUCCUUAUAAAGAAUUUACAGUCUCGAACAAACGGCCAGUAGUUUGCCAGAAUAUUUGUUUGGAAUUAUUUUAUCGGUGCAUUCAGUUUAUUCGUAACAAAGAAGGAGAUCGUCAAGUAAAGACGAAUUGUAUCGUACAGAAUAUUUGUCUGUUUUGAUAUAUAACAAUGGAGAUACGUGUUGUGUUUUUAUUGCUGAUCUUUAGUGGGAGUGUUUUUGGAAAAGUAGCCUGGAAUGAAAUGUUUCGUCCUCAACGUGAUAACAGAUUAAAUUUAUGGGAUUUUGAAAUAUAUAAGCGAGAAAAGUAUCAGCGAGAUGUCGAGGAUACUACUACUAAUACAGCGAUGAUAAGUGAUAAGAAUAACAGUGAUUCUAACAGUAUGCUUGACGAAAUUGGUAUUAGUAUUGAAGCAUGCCUGAAUGCAUUAAAGACGGGUUGGAAAUUUGCGAAAAAAAUAUAUUCGAUCGGGACUAGUCCAAUUAAACUAGCAAUAAAGGGUUUCCACAAAAUUGUUUAAGGAAAGGAAGAUGAUUAACAUCCUCUACAAUGUGAUACCGAGUCAGUUGAGACAACCGCUUUCCAGGCUAAAUGACUUCCACUAUUAGCAUCGCAAUAUGUCGCUGCUUUACUGUGUAUAUCCAAUUGCGAUGAUUCUUAUCAUCGUUAAUCGAAAGAUAUGUCUCUUUGCGUUUAUGUUGAAUAUAUUAUAUAAAAUAUAUUACAUGCUGGCACGUAUAUAUAUACCAAGACAAUUAUUUCGACAAUUAUAAUAAACGAACAGCAUGCAAAACAAA